GGAAAGCCGGGGGGGCGUGGAUUUGCUCUGCCACGGGCGACUGGAAAGCAGCUUUUUGCCUCACAGACAUCCACAAAAUGCCUUAUUUUACAAGACUCAUUUUGUUCUUGUUUUGCCUGAUGGUUCUUGUGGAGAGCAGAAAGCCCAAGAGGAAGCGAUGGACAGGGCAGGUGGAAAUGCCCAAGCCAAGUCACUUAUAUAAGAAGAACCUUGAUGUGACCAAGAUCCGGAAGGGAAAGCCUCAGCAACUUCUCAGAGUGGACGAGCACGACUUCAGCAUGAGGCCCGCCUUUGGAGGCCCUGCCAUCCCAGUGGGCGUGGACGUGCAGGUGGAGAGCCUGGACAGCAUCUCCGAGGUGGACAUGGACUUCACGAUGACCCUGUACCUGCGGCAUUACUGGAAGGAUGAGAGGCUAGCUUUCUCCAGCGCCAGCAACAAGAGCAUGACCUUCGAUGGCCGGCUGGUGAAGAAGAUCUGGGUCCCUGAUGUCUUCUUUGUUCACUCCAAAAGGUCGUUCACUCAUGACACCACCACUGACAACAUCAUGCUGAGGGUGUUCCCGGAUGGACACGUGCUGUACAGCAUGAGGAUUACGGUCACUGCCAUGUGCAACAUGGACUUCAGCCACUUUCCCUUGGACUCCCAGACCUGUUCUUUGGAGCUGGAGAGCUAUGCCUAUACAGAUGAAGAUCUGAUGCUGUACUGGAAGAAUGGGGAUGAAUCCCUAAAAACAGACGAGAAGAUCUCCUUGUCUCAGUUUCUGAUUCAGAAAUUUCACACAACUUCCAGACUGGCCUUCUACAGUAGCACUGGCUGGUACAACCGUCUGUACAUCAACUUCACGUUGCGUCGCCACAUCUUCUUCUUCUUGCUCCAAACAUAUUUCCCCGCCACUCUGAUGGUCAUGCUGUCCUGGGUGUCCUUCUGGAUCGACCGCAGAGCUGUACCUGCCAGAGUUUCACUGGGUAUCACGACGGUGCUGACCAUGACCACCAUCAUCACGGGCGUGAAUGCCUCCAUGCCGCGUGUUUCCUACGUCAAGGCCGUGGACAUCUACCUCUGGGUCAGCUUUGUGUUCGUGUUCCUCUCGGUGCUGGAGUAUGCGGCCGUCAACUACCUGACCACCGUGCAGGAGCGCAAGGAACGGAAGCUGCGGGAGAAGUUCCCGUGCAUGUGUGGAAUGCUUCAUUCAAAAACCAUGAUGCUAGAUGGAAGCUACAGUGAGUCUGAGGCCAACAGCCUGGCUGGGUAUCCCAGAAGCCAUAUCCUGACGGAAGAAGAAAGGCAAGACAAAAUAGUGGUCCACCUGGGCCUGAGUGGUGAAGCCAACGCUGCCAGAAAGAAGGGGCUUCUGAAGGGCCAGAUGGGUUUUCGUAUCUUCCAGAACACCCAUGCCAUUGACAAAUACUCUAGGUUGAUAUUCCCUGCCUCCUACAUAUUUUUCAACUUAAUUUAUUGGUCAGUGUUUUCCUAGGGGCUCCAAGGCUGUUCCUAGAAGAGGGCAUAGACAUCAGGGGGGCCUGGCCAGUCAUUGACAGGUGGACUUGUUGACCACACGCCCCUCACCAGACAGAGCAACAGCUACUGGACCACCCUGAGCAGCACUCAUCUCUCAGAGGAGCCC